AUGGCCAUCAGACCGACUAAAGCCUCCGAUGCGGUAGCGUUGGAAGCUGCUCGCAACAUACAUGCACCUCGGGACCCGAACACCCUGUCCAACUACAAUGCUUGGCGGACGAAGCACACGACCGCCAACUUCACCAUCGACUUCGAUGCUAAGCGACUACUGGGCACUGUUCAACUAGAGCUCGAGAAGCUAGCAGAUGAGAGUAAAAUCGUCCUUGAUACUAGCCACCUGAACAUCGUCAGUGUUGACAUCGGUGAUGAAAAGGUCGACUGGGAUCUGUCGGCGAAGCGUGUAGAGCCAUAUGGCAGCCCUUUGACGAUAGAUCUGAACAAGAAGCAGCUUGAAGCAGCAUCGCCACGUCUCACAUUGCAGAUUGGCGUCCAGACAACCAAAGACUGCACAGCGCUACAAUGGUUGACUCCAGGCCAAACGAGCAACAAGAAGCAUCCCUACAUGUUUUCUCAGUGCCAAGCCAUCCAUGCGCGCUCCCUGCUACCCUGCCAGGACACACCGGAUGUGAAGUCAACAUACUCCUUCAACAUCAGGUCGCCCCUUCCCGUGUUGGCUUCUGGUCUUCCAGCUGGCGUGAAGGACUUCCAGCCUGGUGAGAAUGGCAAACCUGGCACACUUCUAUACAGCUACAACCAAGAGAUUCCUAUGGCUUCUUACCUCUUCGCGCUUGCUAGUGGUGAUCUUGCUUCGGCUUCUGUUGGACCACGUUCGACUGUCUGGACAGGCCCGGAAGAGCUCAAGGCCAGCCAGUGGGAGUUUGAGAAGGAUACCGAGGCGUUCAUUCAGACCGCGGAGAAGCUCGUGUAUCCCUACGCUUGGACUACAUACAACGUUCUGGUUCUUCCUCCUAGCUUUCCGUACGGCGGCAUGGAGAAUCCGGUGUAUACCUUCGCAACACCGACUCUGAUAUCCGGCGAUAGGCAGAACGUGGACGUCAUUGCUCACGAACUUGCCCACUCCUGGUCUGGUAAUCUCGUAAGCAAUGCUAGCUGGGAGCACUUCUGGCUGAAUGAAGGCUGGACUGUGUAUCUGGAGCGACGUCUCGUGGCCGAAAUCCACGGAGGUGACAAGCACCGCGACUUCUCUGCCAUCAUUGGCUGGAAAGCUCUCAGCGACAGUAUUGAUGGGUUCGGUGAAGAUCACGAGUUCACGAAACUCAUUCCGGAUCUGAAGGGCAAGGAUCCGGACGAUGCUUUCUCGAGCGUGCCGUACGAGAAGGGUUUCGUCUUCCUCUAUCACCUGGAGAAGUUGGUAGGGAAGGCCAAGUGGGAUAAGUUCAUUCCACACUACUUCACCGCUUUCAAGCAAAAGUCCGUGGACAGCUACGAGUUCAAAGCCACCCUGCUGGACUUCUUCGCCAACGACAACGAUGCAGCGAAGAAGCUCAAUGACGUGGACUGGGACAAGUGGUUCUACUCAGCCGGUUACCCACCCAAGCCCGACUUCGAUACCGAACUCGCCGACCAAUGCUACCAACUAGCAGACCAAUGGCAAGCGCUCAACUUAGGCAAAGCAAACUUCAAGCCCAGUAGCAAGGACAUCGAGAACUUCACAGCAAAUCAAAGCGUCGUCUUCCUCGAGAAAGUCCAGACCUUCGACAAGCCCCUUUCCCCAGAGCUCGUUGAUACCAUGGGCAAAGAGUACGGCUUCGCCAGCAGCAAGAACGUUGAGCUUGUGAGUCGCUAUCUAGUAGUAGGGCUUCAAGCUCGCGACCAGAGCGUGUAUGAGCCUACGGCCAAGCUGCUAGGUGAGGUUGGCAGGAUGAAGUUUGUGAGGCCGCUGUAUAAGGAGCUGAUUAAGUGUGAUCGGAAGCUGGCUGACAGUACUUUUGAGAGAUUGAAGGACUUUUAUCAUCCUAUUUGUAGAGGGAUGGUCGAGAAGAUGUUUGAGAAGACGAAGUAG